CAAUUUUUGUAACGAAAGAAAAAAGAUUUAUUUUUAUUGUGUCAUUUUUUUGGUCUCACGGUUUUGGUGUGUGUGUGUGAUAGAGAAGGUAUAUUCUGGGUUUCGAUACUCUUUGGUAAAGAAAAUCAUCACCAUUUAUAGCUCCUUCAGCUUAACUAUUGUGACGUACUUCUCUUGUAUUAUUCCUUGCUGAGUUCUGGGUUUGUUUCUAUCCACGUAAUCGGCUAAGGUAAGAUUUCUGUCUAGCAUGUGAACCAUACUGGGAUUCAUCAAUGGCUGCUGCUGGUUGACAGUACGGUAAAGAUGGUUGCCGCAAUGAUGUUGAUUGAAAAUCGAAUGGUGGAGUCAAGGAUCAGGACUAUUUUUAUUGGAUGUUCCAGUGUACUCUGGAGAUGAAGUAGUUUUUGAUAAUCCAGCUCUUGACAUAUCAGGUGGUGGAUUAGCGGAAUAUAUGUGCUGAGACUUUGGAGUCAUCUUUCUUAUCUAUGAUAUAAUAUUGUGAAAGCUAACUAAUCAAAUUUGGUGGUAAUGGAAGUAGCUUUUUCCCCUCAAGUGCAAAAGCAGAAUUUGCAAAUAACAGGUCGCAAAAUUUUAUGUGUUGGAUCCCAGAAGGAUUUGUGGCUUGUUGUGCGAGAAGGAUCUCUAAAUGAUGUAGAAUUGGCCUUGGCAUCAUUGAAGAAGAGUGGGGGCAAUAUCAAUUUGAGGAACACAUUUGGGUUGACUCCUCUUCAUAUUGCAAGUUGGAGAAACCAUAUUCCCAUUGUAAGGAGGCUUCUUGCAGCUGGUGCAGAUCCUGAUGCCCGAGAUGGAGAAUCAGGAUGGAGUAGCCUUCACAGGGCUCUACAUUUUGGUCAUCUUGCUGCGGCAAGCAUCCUUCUUCAGCAUGGUGCCUCUAUUACAUUGGAGGACUCUAAAUCUCGAAUACCUGUAGAUCUUUUAUCUGGCUCUGUAUUUCAGGCUCUUGGAAAUGAACACAGUUCAGUGGCAACUGAGGUCUUUAGUUGGGGCAGUGGUGCAAAUUAUCAGCUUGGAACUGGAAAUGCGCAUAUUCAGAAGUUGCCAUGCAAAGUUGAUUCACUUGGUGGUUCAUUCAUAAAGCUCAUUUCUGCUGGGAAGUUCCAUAGUGUGGCACUUACUGCUCGUGGAGAACUGUAUACCUGGGGAUUUGGAAGGGGUGGUCGUCUGGGACAUCCUGAUUUUGAUAUACACAGUGGUCAAGCUGCUGUCAUCACUCCCCGCCAGGUGACUUCUGGUCUGGGUUCCCGCAGAGUGAUGGCAAUUGCUGCAGCUAAGCAUCAUACUGUGAUUGCUACUCAGGGUGGGGAAGUGUUCACUUGGGGAUCCAAUAGAGAGGGACAACUUGGGUACCCUUCCGUUGAUACGCAACCCACACCUCGUAGAGUAUCUUCUUUGAGGUCAAAAAUUGUUGCUGUUGCUGCAGCAAAUAAACACACGGCUGUAGUUUCUGAUUUAGGUGAAGUCUUUACUUGGGGUUGUAACAGGGAGGGUCAGCUUGGUUAUGGCACCUCAAACUCAGCCUCUAAUUACACCCCACAUGUGGUUGAAUCCUUGAAGGGAAAGACUUUGACCAGAGUUUCUGCUGCAAAAUAUCACACAAUUGUAUUAGGAUCUGAUGGAGAGGUAUUUACCUGGGGUCAUCGACUUGUUACACCAAAACGUGUUGUAGUUAGUAGGAACUUGAAGAAAAGUGGAAACACUCCUUUAAAAUUUCACCGCAAGGAACGACUUAGUGUGGUUUCUGUAGCUGCUGGAAUGGUACACAGCAUGGCCCUUACAGAUGAUGGCGCAUUAUUUUAUUGGGUCUCCUCGGAUCCGGAUCUUAGAUGCCAACAGUUAUAUGCUAUGUGUGGAAGAAAUAUGGUUAACAUAUCAGCUGGAAAGUACUGGACUGCAGCUGUUACAGCUACUGGUGAUGUUUACAUGUGGGAUGGGAAGAAAGGUAAGGAUAAGCCCCUUGUUGCAACUCGGUUGCAUGGUGUAAAGAAGGCUACAUCAGUUUCAGUUGGUGAAACACAUUUACUAAUCGUGGCUUCACUCUAUCAUCCUCUUUACGCUCCUAACAUGAUUCAGAAUUCUCAGAAACUCAAGUUGAAUAACGGGGAUGAUAUGGAAGAGUUAAAUGAAGACAUUUUAUUUGAGGAUAUAGAUUUCAGUAACAUGAUAUCUAGUGUGCAAAAUGACACUAGCAGGCAGAGAUCUAUACCGAGCUUAAAAAGCCUUUGUGAAAAAGUAGCUGCAGAGUGUUUAGUGGAGCCACGGAAUGCAGUACAACUGCUUGAGAUUGCUGAUUCUCUUGGAGCAGAUGAUUUGAAGAAAUAUUGUGAGGAGAUUGUCAUGCGCAACCUUGAUUACAUAUUUACAGUUUCAUCGCAUACAAUAGCAAGUGCAUCACCAGAUGUUCUUGCUAACCUUGAGAGGUUGCUAGACCAGAGAUCAUCUGAGCCAUGGAGUCACCGUCGGCUUCCUACACCAACUGCUACCCUCCCUGCCAUCAUUAACAGCGAAGAGGAUGAUAGUGAGAUAGAGUUUCAAAGGACUCGUGACAAACCCUUGAAAAUGGAAAACGUCCAACGAGUAGAUUCCUUUCUACAGCCCCAGGAUGAUUCUGAUAAAGAAAUCUCCAAAGUAGUCCGAGCUAUAAGGAAAAAGUUGCAGCAGAUUGAGAUGCUUGAAGAUAAGCAGUCUAGUGGACAUCUUCUUGAUGACCAGCAGAUUGCAAAGCUUCAAUCUAAGUCAGCACUUGAAAGCUCACUUGCAGAGCUAGGUGUUCCUGUUGAAACAUCACAAAAUAAAGAAUCAUCUUCUACUUUACUAGAAGGGAAAGGCAGUAAGAAGGGUAAACUAUCAAAGAAACAAAGGAGAAAGAGUGGAAAAUCAAACAUAGGGCAGGCAGAAAUAGAAUCUGUUCACUCUAAAAGUGAAGCCAUUCCCAAAUCGGAGGACCUGUUGGACAUUCACAUCAUGGGGAUUUCUGAUUCAAAGGUGGAAGAGGAUGCUGUUUGUGAACAAAUCACAGUAGACCAGGAUGCAAAAGAUUUAGCUUUUGUAGUGCAGAAGAAUGAUGCUUUAGAGUUGCCGAAAGCCAAGGGUCCGUCACCAAAAGCUUCAAAAAAGAAGAGCAAGAAGGGUGGGCUUUCUAUGUUUCUGAGUGGUGCUCUUGAUGAAGCCCCAAAAGAGGUGGCUCCUCCUCCACCACCAGCACCAAAAAAUGAUGGUCCUGCAUGGGGUGGGGCCAAGUUCAUGAAGGGUUCUGCUUCUCUUCGCGAAAUCCAGGAUGAACAAGGCAAAAUAAAGAUAAACAAGCGAGCCGGGAGCAAGGACAAGGUGGAAGAUCUUUCUGAUUUUGGCAGUGGGGUUAAGAUAAAGUUGAGUUCAUUUCUUCUUUCCAGUCCAAUACCCGUUACCUCAACUAGUAGUUCCCAGGUAUCUGAUGGAGAAAUGAAUACCCCUCCUUGGGCUGCUUCAGGAACCCCUCCCCAUCCUUCUAGGCCAUCCUUAAGGGACAUCCAAAUGCAACAGGGAAAGAAACAACAAAGCCUUGCACACAGUCCAACGACUAGAACAUCUGGCUUUUCCAUUGCUACCGGUCAAGGUGGCUCGCCUUCGGAAACCACUGGAGUGAGUCGCUGGUUCAAGCCUGAGGUGGAAACACCAUCCUCAAUUCGUUCUAUUCAGAUUGAGGAAAAGGCUAUGAAAGAUCUCAAGCGCUUCUAUAGCAGUGUCAAAAUUGUCAGGAAGCAAUCUUGAUGCUAACCAAUGAUGUACGAAUAAAGUAGGAAGAAGGGGCUCUUUCCUGUUCUCCUCUCCCUUGAGCAUUACCAUUUUUUCUUAUCCUCUUUUCACUUUCCUUUUUAGUACAAUAUCUAAAUCUGUACAGAUAGUUUCAGUGUACAUCCUUCCUUUUCAAAUCAAAAUUGUAGCUUUAGUUUCUUAGCAUCAUGGGUCUUUCCCAUUUCUAUGCUUUCCCAACUAGCUCUGUAUAUGACCCAAGAUUUUUUUAUGUACUCAUUUUUAACCGUCUCAACUUAGAGAUUGGUCAAUAAUGACCCUGAACCUGAUGUCAAGGGCAGACAUGGUUACUGUUUUCCUGACUCAAGUUGCUUCAAGGCUCAAGAAUGUCAGAAUAAAAGGGCACUUCUUUUCGAACAAGGGCUGUUUAUGGCCCCAUAUCAGGGUUAUUGCAUCAA